AUGUUUAUUGUCAUUGUUGGCUGCUUCACUAAAGCUUUAUACGUAGCUCUUUCCAAAAAAAAGAUACAACUGACUUCAUCAGUCUUAUCCAACACCCAAAAUCCUGAUAUUGUUGGUUGUGCACAUUUUCAGGAUGGCAAGGUGGCUCAGCUUGAACAUGUCUUCAUUCGUGGCAGCAAAGUCAGGUUCAUGAUCAUACCAGACAUGCUUAAGAAUGCUCCUAUGUUCAAGCGUUUAGAAGCUAGAAUUAAGGGCAAAGGUUCAGCACUUGAUGUUGGUAGGGGUCGUGCACUUGGUAUUUAUUUUUUAAUGCUAUCGAGUAAGUAUUAUGAUUAG